AUGGCUGAUAUUAUCAUUCCCGUUGGUCAAAAACUCUUAUCAAAUGUAUCUAUUGUUAAACUUAAAAAGAAUGGCAAGCAAUUCGAAAUUGCUGUUACUCCAAAUAAAGUCACAAGUUGGAGAAAUGGAUUAGAAAAAGAUAUCGAUGAAGUCGUUCAAUCACACUCAAUUUUCUCUAAUGUAGAUCGUGGUAUGCUUGCAAAACAAUCAGAAGUUCUCGAAACUCUUGAAGUUGAUGACAUGGAAAAGGCAUUACAUAUAAUCCUUGAUCAAGGCAAACUUACACUUGCAGAAAAAGAAAGAAAACUUGUUAUUGAAAACCUUACAAAAGAUAUUGCUUCAAUUGUUGCUUCUCAAUGUGUUAAUGUCAAUACUCAACGUCCAUUAACGCCAUCUACUGUUGAAAGGGCAAUGAAGGAAAUAGGAUUUUCCGUUAAACCUGCUAAACCAGCAAAAGCUCAAGCUCUUAAAGUUAUUCGCGAUUUGAAGGCUGCUCAUUACCCAAUUGCACGUGCUAAGAUCAGAUUGGUAUUUUACAUUACUCCGGAUCAUGCUGAGAAGAUGAUUUCAAUGCUUCCUUAUGUAGAAAAAGUAGAUAAAUCUGAUCCAAACCAAACAGCUGUUAUUGCGCAAGUUGAGCCUGGUUCUCUCAGACAAGUCGCUGGAGAACUCGCAAAAGAGUUUGGAACUGAAAUUAAAAUAGAUAUUUUAGAAUUAUACGUAACUCCAACAAUGGAAACAGCUGACAACAGACAACAAGAUAAUAGUACUACACAACAAGAUGAUGACUCUGAAGAAGAUGAAAAUACCAAAUAA